CGGAAGUAAAGCCGUAAUGUCAACAUAAAUGGGAGCAGAAGACUCAACACAGACGGUCUUUUUAAAAAAAAAAAACAAAACAAAAAAACAAUUAUUACAAAACGUAGUUUUCAUGUUUGAAACAAAGUCGGAUGAGAAUGAAAGGCCUUGGUCCUAAAGGCUUGUUACUGUCCUUUUUGCUGUUAAGUUUUUGCGUGUCAGCGCGAGCAGAGACAGAAAACUCAGUGGCACUGCACGAGAGAGAUGACGAUGGAGGAAAUGUCAAACGACAGGAUAAUACUAUAGUCGAAGAAGACCAGACAUUAAAGAAACAUGAAACUAAACAUAAUCUCGAUUCAGAUGAGUUACAGAAGGAUGGACCGUCGGUCAGUAAUGCCAAUGACACCACUGAGGACUACAGCAAUGGCACCCUUCACUCAACAACUACUCUCAAGCCAACUACCCCAGCACCCCCAACAGUCAAGCCCAUUCUGCCAGUGCAGACAGGGGUUAAGGCUCAAGAAGAAGAGCAGUCCAGUGGGAUGACCAUAUUCUUCAGCCUGCUUGUUAUUGGUAUCUGCAUCAUAUUGGUGCACCUGCUUAUCAAGUUCAAGCUGCAUUUUCUCCCAGAGAGUGUGGCUGUUGUGUCCUUAGGGAUUCUAAUGGGAGGCUUCAUUAAGAUCAUUGAGUUUCAGGAACUGGCCAACUGGAAGGAAGAGGAAAUGUUCCGACCCAACAUGUUCUUCCUUUUGCUUCUGCCGCCAAUCAUCUUUGAAUCUGGAUACUCUUUACAUAAGGGUAACUUCUUCCAGAACAUUGGCUCCAUUACCCUCUUUGCUGUGAUUGGCACAGCUAUCUCUGCCUUCAUAGUUGGAGGGGGGAUCUACUUCCUUGGCCAGGCUGAUGUUAUCUAUAAGAUGACCAUGACUGAUAGCUUUGCCUUUGGCUCGCUGAUCUCAGCUGUGGACCCUGUAGCUACCAUCGCCAUAUUUAAUGCUCUCAAUGUGGACCCAGUCCUCAAUAUGCUGGUGUUUGGUGAAAGCAUUCUCAACGAUGCUGUCUCCAUUGUCCUCACCAACACAGCAGAGGGUUUCUUUUCCCGCUCAGACAACUCCAUGGUAACGGGCUGGGAGACUUUUUUACAAGCUCUGGGUUAUUUCCUUAAUAUGUUUUUUGGUUCUGCUGCACUGGGGACCCUCACUGGACUCAUCUCAGCUCUUUUUCUGAAACACUUUGACCUGAGGAAGACGCCGUCACUGGAGUUUGGGAUGAUGAUAAUCUUUGCAUACCUUCCCUAUGGACUGGCAGAGGGAAUCAAAUUGUCUGGAAUAAUGUCUAUCCUGUUUGCGGGAAUUGUGAUGUCUCACUACACACAUCACAACCUGUCUCCCGUCACCCAGAUCCUUAUGCAGCAGACAUUGCGCACAGUGGCCUUUAUGUGUGAGACGUGUGUAUUUGCCUUCCUCGGUCUCUCCAUCUUCAGCUUCCCUCAUAAAUUUGAAAUAUCUUUUGUAAUCUGGUGCAUAGUCCUGGUUCUUCUUGGCCGUGCUGUGAAUAUCUUCCCCCUGUCAUUCCUGCUGAACUUUUUCAGGGACCACAAGAUCACACCCAAAAUGAUGUUCAUCAUGUGGUUUAGUGGUUUGCGAGGUGCUAUUCCCUAUGCUCUGAGCCUUCAUUUGGGCUUGGAACCCAUUGAGAAGCGUCAGCUAAUCGGCACCACGACCAUCAUCAUUGUACUCUUUACCAUACUCUUCCUCGGGGGUGGGACCAUGCCGCUCAUCCGCCUCAUGGACAUUGAGGACAGCCAGUCACGGCGCAAAAACAAGAAAGACGUCAACCUCAGCAAGACACAGAAGAUGGGUAAUACCAUUGAGUCAGAGCACCUAUCAGAACUGACAGAGGAGGAGUAUGAGGCUCAGAUCUACCAGAGGCAAGAUCUAAAGGGCUUCAUGUGGUUGGAUGCUAAGUACCUUAACCCCUUCUUCACUCGCAGGCUUACACAGGAGGACCUGUUACAUGGCCGGAUCCAGAUGAAGACACUUACCAACAAGUGGUACGAAGAAGUUCGCCAAGGACCGUCAGGCUCUGAGGACGAUGAGGACGAAGCUGAACUUCUAUGAGCACUUUCAGUUUAUUUGAAGACAAUUUAUGGGUGUUGUGUGUCCUGGGCUGUGGUUGUGUAUCCAUCUGCGAAGAUGAGCACUCUUUUCGGUGUCAGUCAGUACAUUGUCUUUCUUUAUCUGUCACUAAGGUUAUAAGCCAAUGCGCACUAUGGAUUCCUGCACAGGAAUGUUUUCCUGUGUGUUUCUUUUAUGAACAUUUCAGUCCGAAGCGAUAACAGCAGUGAAACUGUGAUGGAAAUGUUCUGUUCUAAAGCACCUUAUCUCUUCCUAUUUGUAUGUCUCAUUGCUAUUUGGCACUAGCUUUGUUGAAAAUACACUGGACAUUUUAAUGUUUGUGAGGGGAAGGAUACAACACAAUGCUGCUGCAGGCUCAAUUUAUAUACUGCCAGAGGUUUGAAUAGUUACUGAACUAGAUUUAAUUCUCUCCGUGUCUCCAUAUUUAUGUGCAUUAAUUAUUCUGAGUAAAUUUAAUAAAACACAUAUAUUCAUACAUAUGUAAUAAAGAUAAAAUAGAAGUUACAAAUGAGCUUGUAUUAUACUCCAAAACUGCUAGGAAACAAAGAGAAAUGCAGGAGAGAGUUAAAACUAGUGUAAUGUGUUGGGUAAAGCUAAUCAUUAAAAGCCAGGUUACAAAAGCGUGACUGUGGUCUGAAAAACUGCAAACUGCUUUCAUUUCCAAGUGCCGUUCCACUUUAAAAAAAAAGAAAAGAAAGAACUUCCAUGUGUUUAUACUGAUUUGCUGGUAAGAUUCUUGUCACUAUACUGUCAAUGAAGUGGACCUUGAAAUGUUACUUAUUCAUGAAGUAUUUCUUUUAAUGAUGGGUGCCAAUGAAUGUGGGAUAACUGGCGAGGUCUUAUUUUUAGGGGUUAUUUUGUAUUUAUUUGAAGAAUAUUUAUGCUUGUUUGUGGAUAAUGGCUUUUAUACAAGCUCUGUAUGUACCACAAGAUGAUUAAAAAAGUAUCUAUAUCUAUAAUAAAUUGUAUUGAUAAUUGAA